UUCGGGUGUUAUUUAUUUGGGAGGGGGCUCGUAAAAGAACGAAGCUCAAACCGAAAAGCUUCACACAUCCCGGGGCUGAGAGAACCGGAGAAAAACACAGGAAGCUUUGCACCGUGAAGGCGUCCACGAACCAAACCCACGUCCAGGAGGAUGGUCGUCCCGUAUGAGGGACAGUCUUUCUCUGCUCUGAGGAGACAGUGUCAGCAGAAUGGACGCCUGUUUGAGGACCCUCUGUUCCCGACCACCGACGCGUCGCUGUUCUACCAGAGAAACACCGUCGGACACGUCACCUGGAAAAGACCCAAGGAGUUGAGCAGUGACCCUCAUCUGUUCGUAGACGGCAUCAGCGCCCACGACCUGCACCAGGGUCAACUGGGAAACUGCUGGUUCGUCGCCGCCUGCUCCAGUCUGGCCUCCAGAGAAGCUCUGUGGCAGAAGGUGAUUCCAGACUGGAAGGACCAGGAGUGGGACGGAGACAAACCCGAGUCCUACGCCGGGAUCUUCCACUUCCGGUUCUGGAGGUUCGGUGAGUGGGUGGACGUGGUGAUCGACGACCGUCUGCCCACGGUCAACGGGCAGCUGGUCUACUGCCACUCCAACGACAGCAACGAGUUCUGGAGCGCGCUGGUGGAGAAGGCCUACGCCAAGAUGAACGGCUGCUACGAAGCUCUGGACGGAGGGAACACGGCCGACGCUCUGGUGGAUUUCACCGGCGGCGUCUCUGAGCCGAUGGACCUGAUCGAAGGAGACUUCAAGGCAGACGAAGAGAAACGGAACGAGCUGUUCGAGAGAGUCCUGAAGGUCCACAACAGAGGAGGCCUGAUCAGCUGCUCCAUCCGGGCGACCACUGCAGCCGACAUGGAGGCCAGGCUGGACUGCGGCCUGGUGAAGGGACACGCCUACGCCGUGACCGACGUCCGCAGGGUGAGGCUGGGCCACGGCCUCCUGGCCUUCUUCAGGUCCGACAAACUCACCAUGAUCCGCAUGAGGAACCCGUGGGGACAGAGGGAGUGGAACGGGCCCUGGAGCGACAGCUCUGAGGAGUGGAAGAAGGUCAGUAAGAGCGAGAGGGAGAGGAUGGGCGUCACCGUGGAGGACGACGGGGAGUUCUGGAUGACAUUCGACGACUUCAUCGCCAACUUCACGGACCUCAUCCUGUGUCGCCUCAUCAACACGUCCUACCUGAGCUUCCACAAGACCUGGGAGGAGGCCGUGAUGCGGGGCUCCUGGCGUCGCCACGACGACCCCCUCCUCAACCGAGCCGGCGGCUGCAGCAACAACAAGCACUCGUUCCCCCAGAACCCACAGUACGUGUUUGACGUGAAGAAGCCGGAGGACGAGAUUCUGGUUUGUCUGCAGCAGAAAGAUCGUAGAGCCGGACUGAGAGAAGGUCGAGGAGAGAACCUGGCCAUCGGCUUCGACAUACACAAGGUGGAGCUGAACCGGACGUAUCGUAUGCACGCCGCCCAGCAGAAGGUGGGCGGGAGCAUCUACAUCAACUCCAGGUCCGUGUUCCUGCGCAUGGACCUGACGGAGGGACGCUACGUCAUCAUACCCACGACCUUUGACCCCGGCCUGGAGGGAGAAUUCCUGCUCCGCAUCUUCACCGACGUCCCGUCCGACUGCAAGGAACUGACUCUGGACGAGCCUCCACACACCUGCUGGUCUGGGAUGUGUGGUUAUCCCUCUCUGGUCACUCAGGUCCACAUCCACCAGGCCGACGGACUCGCGGGACAAGACUCAGACGGAGCGUCGGAUCCUUACGUCAUCAUUCGCUGCGAAGGCGAGAAAGUUCGUUCUCGGGUCUACAAGGACACGCGCAGCCCCGUCUUCGACACCAAGGGGCUGUUCUACAGGAAGAAAGCCAACCGGCCAAUCAGCAUUGAGAUCUACAACAACAACGUGCUGACGGACUCCUUCCUGGGUCAGGUGACGCUUCCCGUCGAGCAGGGACAAAUCCAGAAGACGUUCCACCUGAGGGACAAGGGCAAUCGCCAGGACAACGACCUCCCCGGCACCAUCACCGUUUCCAUAGUGACCAGCUCAGUGCUCACCAGCAUCUGAGGCGAGUUCACGGGUUUACGUUCAGACUGAGUUUACUGAGGACGUCACAAUGUUUUAAAAAAAAAAUCACCUGAGGAAGGAGAAUCUUUACAUCCUGAGAAUAUCACGGUGAUUUCUGGGCAUCUUAUCGGCCUGUUUACAGUUAACGUUCUUUCUCUGUGUAACCGUCUUUUUAUUCUAUUAUUUAAGGGCCUUUUUCUUCGUUGCACGUCAAACUUUCUCUUCAGCUCCUUUUUACGUCAUUAUUUCACCGCGUUGCCUCCUGCAGCUUCAUGUUCAGUGAUCAUCUCAGAAACCUGGCCAACAAGGAGACAGGCUUUUUAAAUUUACGUGAAGUACGAGAGAAUCUACUUGGAGAAAAGCUAACACCAGAUGCUGCAGCUGCUUAGCUUCACAUGGCGUCAGAUUUGUGCCAUCGGCUCUCGUUGCCAAACGCAGAGCAGGUUUAUUCUUGUUUACUACGAUGUUUUACUUUCUUCAGUCAUAGAUUUCUCAUGCAGGUUAUUGGGGUGGGAUCUGAACCUGUGUCCUCGUGUUGUAGCCACGUCUUUUAUGACCAACCGUUUGCACGAUGCCAUAUUUAACCUGCAACAGUUAGAGUCAAACCUUUGUUUACUACGUCAGUCGUUCUGAUACCUGUGGUGAUUCUAGUGUUGACCACUCAAAAUGUUUCAUGAAGGCAUGAAUUCAGCAUGUUCUCUCUCUCUCUGUGUUCAGAAUGUGCCAGAAUGUGUAUGAGUCGAUGAGAUGUUCAUUUUGUUUCCAAAAAAUUGUAAAUGUGACUGUACUUUGACUGUUAUACAAAGCUUUUAAGUUCCUUGUAGAGCCCUGAAUUGUAUUUUAGAGCCUUGAAGUUCCUUUUGAGUCCCAGGGUUCAUUUUAGAGCUCUGUAACUGUACUUUGACAGGCAUUUCAAAUUCCAUUUUUCCUUUUAUUUUCUUUUAGAGCCCCAAAGUUCCUUUUGGUAGCAUGGAGCAUCUUUUAGAGCCAUGAAAUUUUGUUUAGAGCCCUAAUUUUCCAAUUUAGAGUUCCUCUUAUGAGUCCUUACGUUCCCUUUAGAGCCCCAGAGUUCCUUUUAUUUUAUUUUAGAGCCCAGACUUUUAUUUUAGAGCCUUUAAAGUUCCUUUUGAGUCUCAGAGUUCAUUUUAGAGCUCUGUAACUGUACUUUGACAGGCAUUUCAAAUUCCAUUUCCUUUGAUUUUGUUUUAGAGCCCCAAAGUUCCUUUUGGUAGCAUGGAGCAUCUUUUAGAGCCAUCAAAUUUUGUUUAGAGCCCUAUUUUUCCAAUUUAGAGUUCCUAUCAUGAGUCCUUACGUUCCGCAGAGUUCCUUUUAUUUUAUUUUAGAGCCCAGAAUUUUAUUUUAGAGCUCUCGAGUUCCUCUAGUAGGCUGGAGCUUCUUUUAGAGCUAUCAAGUUUUUGUUUAGAGAGCCCCGGGGCUCCUUUUAGAGCCCUGAAGUUCCCAUUAGAGCUCUGUAAUCGUACUUUGACAGUCUUUCAAAGUUCGCUUUUAGAGCCCUUAAGUUCCUUUUGGUAGCAUGAAGCUUCUCUUAGAGCCGUUAAGGUUUGGUAGAGCCCCAGAGUUCCUUUUAUUUUAUUUUAGAGCCCCAGAGUCCUUAAUAUGAGUCCUGGAGUUCACUUACAGCUCUGAAAUCUGAAAUCUUCCCUUUUGAAGUUCCUUUUUUGAAGUAGCCUGGAGCUUCUUUUGGAGCCCUGUAUUUUAUUUCACAGCCUUGAACUUCAUUUUAGAGCCUCGUAAUUCCUUUUUAGAACCAUUAAACUUCAUUUACAGAACAAAUAAAAGUUUACAUCCUUUAAAAUAUCA